AGAAUAAGUUAUAUUGAUGAGGCGACAAUGGUUCAACUGCCCGGUGCGCUCCUGCGCUGCAACAGGCUCCUCCCUAAGCCAUUAAUGGCUGCCCCCCGAAUAACCCAAAGCCCAGAGGCCUCUUUGCCCUUACGGCUCUAACCCUGAAGGGCUAUCGCGCGCCUCUGCAUAUCGCAAUGGCGCUGCUGCAACCUCGACGGGGCUGGCGCCAAACGCUCGCCUCCGCGGAAGGUGCGAGGCGCCACCGGACAACUCCUAGCUGAACUGCCCACACGGCACUGGAGCUGCACCGGCCUGCUCGGGCUCCGAAAGAGCUGCCAGCCGCGUCUGCUCGGCGCUCGCUCCUUCGCAGCGCGCCAGUUCCAAAGCCUCCGGGACGGCCAAGGGCCGCACAGGCCGGGGAGCAAAGCCUCAGUCCCACACGCUCCCGCCCGGGGAGGGGCUUGAGCACAAAGAGGGAGCUGCGCUGCUCCUGGAUGGGCUGCAGCCGCUGGGAGGAGCUCCGCGCCCGCCGCCUCCCCGCUGAAAAGUUGGCCCCGGCGGGACUCGGCGUCGCUCAGCUCCUGGAGACGAAGUUUCAGCCAUGGGGAAGCUGUUGGUGCUGGCCGUAGUCGGGCUAGUCGGAGCGCUGAUUGGCGAGAGGCUGAUAAGAUUUCGGCACAGAAUGAACGCCUCGCGUGAACUGAAACCAAAGCGGCUUCCUAAUUGCCACCUAAUUAAAGGAAUUGAGACUGGCUCGGAAGAUAUUGACAUACUUCCUAAUGGCUUGGCUUUCAUCAGCUCUGGUUUGAAAUACCCUGGGGUACAGAGCUUUGCACCAGAUAAAAGAGGAGAAAUACUGCUGAUAGAUUUAAAUGACCAAAAUCCUCGACCAGUGGAGCUCAGAAUCAGCCGUGGGUUCGAUCUGGCAUCUUUCAACCCUCAUGGAAUCAGCACAUACAUUGGAGAUGAUGAUUCCGUGUAUCUCUUUGUUGUAAACCAUCCACAGUACAAGUCAACAGUGGAACUAUUUAAAUAUAUGGAGGAUGAUAAUUCUCUCGUACAUCUUAAAACUAUCAAGCAUGAACUUCUGGCGAGUGUGAAUGAUAUUGUGGCUCUGAGUCCGGACAGUUUCUAUGCCACCAAUGAUCAUUAUUUCACAGAGCUGCCCCUGAUGUUAUUGGAGAUGUUUCUGGGUUUGAGCUGGACAAACGUUAUUUACUACAGCCCAAAAGAAGUUAAGGAAGUGGCAUCAGGAUUUUACUCUGCCAAUGGAAUUAACAUUUCUCCAGAUGGACAGUAUAUCUAUGUUGCCGAUUUAACGGAUCACAACAUUCAUGUCUUGGAAAAACAUGCCAAUUUCAGUUUAACUCCUUUGAAGGUGCUGCAGUUGGACACUCUAAUUGAUAACAUAUCAGUAGAUCCUUACACUGGAGACAUUUGGAUUGGAUGUCAUAUCAAUGGCUUCAAGCUUUUCUUUUAUGAUCUAGAAAACCUUCCUGGUUCUGAGGUCCUUCGCAUCCAGGAUAUCCUUUCUGAGAAGCCUAAAGUCAGUCAAGUAUAUGUUGAUGAUGGGUCAGUAAUCCAAGGAAGCUCAGUUGCCACAGUGUAUGGCAAGAAGCUACUUAUUGGCACUGUAUUUCACAGAGCUCUGUCCUGUGAGCUGUAACCUGCCCAUCGUGGACUUCCCCGCAGUGAAAAGGGUCAGCAAGCGUCAUCUGCCACCUGCAGUUCUGAAACGACUAAGUCCAAACUGCACUUCAAUCAAGGUGAAUCGGGUACUUUUCUCUUUAAAAGGAAGUAAUGCAAGAACGACUUAUUAUAAAAAAGAAGCAGCAGCGCUUGGAAGAAAUGUUGGGUUUUUGCAGCAUGGUUGGAUUGGGAGAUUGAAAUUCCUUUUUGUCUAGAAAGGACAUGAUAUCCUACACAGAAGGCCACUUAUGACUGGCUGCUUUUAGCUCCGUGGAAGAAAAUAAAGAACGCCCUGAAUGACUCAGCAAUGCAAGAAAUGAUCUACAAGCACUGUAGUUUUGUUGGGAUACCUCUUAAAUUGUCAGUCAAUUGUCGAAAGCUCUCAAACGUUGAGGCUUUUAUAGUUUUUUUUCUAUAGCUCCUCAUGUUCUACUUUGUGUUUAUUCAUACAUAAGCCUUGCCCCUAUAUAGACAGACCUGUCUAGGUGGAGCGCAUGUUUCUUGAUCCAGGCACAUGUGCAUGAGUCAGGUGGGGCUGUAUGAGUGGAGCUUUUCUGAAAGGCAUGACUUAUGUUGUUCAGCUGUCCAGCAGGACUGAGGAGAGCUAAUUCUAGAUCUCAUUCCUGUUUCUGAACAACUGAGAGAACAAUUAUUGAAUAGCACCAUCCUAAGUACCAUGCUCUCGGUCUGACUAAUGGAAGCAGAUUUCCCUUUGUGAUUAUACAGAGGGCACUGACUGUAUUGGGGUGGAGGCAAGCAAGCCCCUUCCUCUUUUCUCUAAAGGAUUCCAUAUCACAGCUGAACAGGAGUGGAAUGCGACACCAUGUCUGUGUCCCCAACAUUUCUUCUAGGAGCUGGAGAGGAGCAGCCAGAACAUCAUUACAGCCAGGGCUUUUUUUCUGGGAAAAGAGGUGGUGGAACUCAGUGGUGGAACUCAAGACCGCACAAUGAUGUCACUUUGGGUCAGCUGGAACAAGGGGGGGGGGGGUUUAAAGUUUAAAUUGCCCUCAGUGAAAAUGGUCACAUGGCCAGUGGCCCCACCCCCUGAUCUCCAGACAGAGGGGAGUUUAGAUUGCCCUCCACGCCACUCCAGCAGUGUGGAGGGCAAUCUAAAUUCCCUUCUGUUUAGAGAUCAGGGGGUGGGGCUGCCAGCCAUGUGACCAUUUUCAAGAGGUGCCAGAGCUCCGUUCCACCGCAUUCCUGCUGAAAAAAAGCCCUGAUUACAGCUGACAAGUACAGCUUCCCUGACUCAUUUUUCAGCAUUGAGUAUGAAAAUCACUUGUGUGCUUGGUGGUGGCUCCUUUGAUUUUAAUCAAUGUCAUUAAACUGCAGUAAUUGCUUAAUAAUCUCUGGGUUAAAAGUUCUUACAAGAAGAUUACCUUACCAACUUUCCUGUCUUUCUAUACUCUGCAAAAAAUUGUUGCGCCUGCAUGCACACACACCUGCCACGGCUGCCUUUUCAUUGACAGUGACCUGGCAAAGAGCCCAGAACGGGUUGCCUUUUUCUUAAAGAACAGAAUUCAAGGUACCUUGCAAUUCAACCUACUCUUGUUUCAGUCAGUUCUGUUACCAACAGUACAAAUUCUUUUCAGUCUGUUGAAGUCAGUGCUCGUAGAAUGAUGUAAUUCUGUUUAGGAAUGCCCUAUAAGUUGAAUAACAAAAACAACCUGUGUUUAGCAGUGGCAUUUCCUAAUGGCCUGGUAUAGAUGAGGCCCUUUAAAAUAGAUUAUUUCUAAAGCAUUUCUUGUUAAUGAACUUUGCUAAAGCAUAAUUGGUCUUAGAAAUGGCAAGCAGACUUUUUUUGUGCAUCCCAAGAAUGCAUCUGGCCAUGAUAGGAGGAAAUCGGAGUCCUCACACAGCGUAAAACAGCUUUCUACAAUUUUCCUGAAAGUCUUGCUAGCUUUUCACUUGAGCUGUGCACCCUGCUGUUACUGCCUUCCUAGUGUAGCUAACACAUUUUUGUAGUCAUGCUUAAACUGUCUUUUCCCAAUUUUCCGUGACCCCUAGGAAGAUGAUAUAUGAUAUCAUUGGCUAAAUCCCCCUCCAGCUACCAAAUUGUGUCCUUGUCUUUGGAAAGUCACUUAACAGCUUUAAGGCUUCUACAUAUUUAAAAUGUGCAGUGAUUUUAGCUACAGAGAGGAGAAGUAAACAGUCUGUUGAUGCUGCAUAUGUCUAUAAUUAUGGAGGGAUUUUGCAAAUAUCUGCUUGGACUGUUGGCUAUCUCAUUGUGAACUAUGGCUGUGCUCUGAGGAAUGAUUUUGCCAGAUAUUCAUGGGGCUUUUUAAAAAAAUGUAAAAGGCACUGUUUUAGUCAGGGGAUAGGAUACAGUGUCUGGUGGAGGGGGGCACUUUCUGGUUUUUAUGUUUUUUUUUUAAAAAAAAUUCUUGUUGAUAGCCAUUGUUGCUUCUGGGCUCUUCUUUAUUUUUAACUUGAAAGGGCUUUUUCUUUGCCCUUUCCUUUAGUCAUCUAUGGACUUAAUGCAGUGGCAUUUAGGGGUGUGCGCUUCGGGUAUCUGAUUCAGGUAAAAUACCCAAAUCGGGCCUGAUCUGAAAAGCUUCGGGAUUUCCGAAGCAUUCGUAAUGCUUCGGGAAGCUUUGGGACCUCCGGGGAUUAAGUUUAAAGGGCCCUUUCGCAAGCAGCAGGACCAUAUAAAUGUACCCAUUUCCCACCCUUACCCCACCACCACCACUUCUCCCCACUUACCACUGGAGGAGGCAGCCUCCCUCUUGCCCACUAGCUUCCAGCGGUGGCGGCGGCAGCCCUCUCUGCCGGCAAGCCACGACAGCGACAGUGGCAAGGAAGGCCCUCUCUGCCGGCUGGCCACAGUGGCCGCAGCGACGGUGGCAGGGAAGGCCCUCUCUGUCAGCCGUGGCUGCAUGGCAAUGACAGCAGGGAAGGCCUUCCCCACCAGCCAGUUGGCCAGCACAGCAUUGGGCCGCUUCAGCCUUCCGCCUGACCAGGUAAGUGGGGUGGGGGAUGGGAUUUAAAGGUGGGGAUGGGAUUUUAAGGGUAGCUACUGUGUGUCCAGGUCCAAUCUCCAAAUGUUGGGAGGUUCCACAAAGCAUUAGGAGAUUCCAAGCCAAGCACUCUCCAAACCAGAGCCAGAUGUUUCUCAAAUGAAAGCUUCUUGACAAAGGUGACACAGCUUGUUUUUUUCUAAAUCACCUACUCUGAUGGGAGGAAAGCCAGGAUUGGCUCUUUGGGGAAGAAACAAGUGGGCAUCAGGGAACACUUUAGCGGGUGUCCAUGGGGUUAAAACAUGCUAGAUUAUCGGAUAGGCUGGUCACACACACACACACACAGCUUAAUUUAUGUCUCAGGGUUGUUGGGAUACAUGGAGGAGGGAGGACCCAUAUAGAGCUACUUGGAAGAAUGGCAGGGCAUACUACUGCUGUUUUUAAAAGUAGGUAUGAAUGCACUCGAAACUCUGAUGGCACUGUGAGCAGUAGCCAAUCCGUCUAACCCCCGGAGCAGUAAAGAGAGUGUAACUAGGCUAGCAGUCUCAUGAAAUACUUCUUGAAUUUUUCCAUUUUGCCAUAUGAAAGCUGCAAAAUUCAAGUAUCUAAUGUUAUUGCAUUUGCUGAAACUAGAAAGGAAUGUUAAAGUCUUAGAAGUAGCUGUUAAUUUGUGCUGCUGUCCUGUAUUGGGUAUGUAGUAGGGAUUUUUUCCUGUGGCGCUUGGGCUGAUUGGAACCACCUGUGGAUCUGCUGUUGUUGAAAAUAUGACUUUACUAGACAAUUGUGGCAACACAAAUCCCAUUCUGGAAUUUAUCAUAGCCAAUAGAGCAGAAUUUAAUUACAUGAUAUUUAUAUGCUAUAUUAAGUUGCCCUGGGGCCUGUUCGAUGUGAAGAUCUGGACAUGUUUUUGAUAAAAAUCUCUCUGUAAAUAACACUCUAAAACAAAAUGAACUUCUGCGGGAGAAGAUGGAGGCUAGUUCCUACAAUGGCAUGUUAAGCCUAUUUCUGUGAACCAACAGAAACUAGAUCUGUGCUCGCCCCAGGCAGUUUCAAGAACAUGAAAACUUGAACAUUUAACUAAAACAGUCGUCUUUUGUUCCCUCCAUUAAUUAAUAAGCUUCUAUUGUUCUUAUUACUAAAGAAACCCCAACUGAAUCGGCCAAUUGUUUCUCUUUAGCAUGUAAAUAACGAAAGCCAUAUGUAACUAGACUGGAAGUUAUCCUUCUUUCAGCCUGAAUGGGCAAGCGAGCAUUUUUUUCUGGUUUCCCAAGUGAAACCCUCUGCAGCUCUGAGGGUUACCCUUGCUGUGUUACCAACUCCAUAAAACAGAUGCUUUGUGGAAUAAAGAGAUAAGCAUGUUGCUGAAAAUUUAAUAAAAGUUGAGCUUUUAUUAAAAGCCUCCCAUUGCUAAAAUAAUUCCACAAGAUGGUAUUUAUGUUUGUUUGUUACACAACAUUAUAUUAACAGCUAGGUAGAUGUUCUCUUUCAUUGUUUUAUAUUAGUUUAUAUUUGUGUUAACAGUUUUGGAUUGCUGCUUUUCACCUUUGGUUUAUAGAUUUGUUUAUAUUGCGUAGACAUAUUGUAGAACCCACCAUGUGUCAUUUGCCAAUGCACAACUAUGUUUAAAAAUUGCAUGUAGAUUACAGAAAAAUUCAGUGACGGACCAGAAAAUGAUGCAAAAAAAAAAGAAUCUCAUAGUUAGUUUGCAGAAAGGAGAAGCAAAAUAGAAAGGGGGAUUCCCCCCCCCCAUCAAAACUGCAGGGCUAAAAAAUUGUAUUAUCUCAUAAUUAAGGAUGUGUUAGAUAGCAAGUACAUUUAUAAGCAAACUCUGAGGAAAUACACUUUUACUAAUACAUUUGUGCCAUUCGCCUUCCCCAUCACGCCAUCACCUUGUUAUUUGGAUUAUUGUCUGUUUGUCCAGAGUCUUAUAAACGUUGCUCUCUAUUGUUUCUUCGCUACUUAAGUCAAACUGGCAAUCUAGCAGCUUCCUACAAUAAAAAAUUUAUAUAUAAAAUGUA